CUCCUCCUCGGGGAGGGGUCUGGGCACCGGCGGUAUUUAUGUUUGAGUAGUUGGUGUAUUUCAGAGACUAACUGAUCACCCAGCUUUACACGCGGAGACAGACAGACACGCACAUAUACACACACAGAGAGACGCACACGGGUCAUAGCGUUGCUUUUCCAAAGAGUGGUCAACAUGCAGUAUAAAUUUGACCUGAACUUCGACAUGUUUGAGAACAAUACAGACAACAUCUCAGAGGAGUCUGGAGACUUCGAUAUGGAUUUGCAGGAGCCAUGUGACACUGCUUUGAGCAGCGAAUUCAACAAGAUCUUCCUUCCUACAGUUUACGGAAUAAUAUUUAUUCUGGGAGUGAUUGGCAAUGGAUUAGUCGUUGUUGUCAUGGGCUACCAGAAAAAGGUCAAAACUAUGACAGACCAGUACCGGCUCCAUCUCUCUGUGGCUGACCUCCUGUUUGUCCUCACGCUGCCCUUCUGGGCCGUGGAUGCAGCCAAAACCUGGUACUUCGGAAGUUUCCUCUGUGUGUCUGUACACAUGAUCUACACAGUCAACCUGUACAGCAGCGUGUUGAUCCUGGCCUUCAUCAGUCUAGACAGGUACUUGGCAGUCGUGCGGGCCACUAACAGCAAUGCCACAAGAAAGCUGCUUGCGAGCAAAGUGAUCUAUGUGGGUGUGUGGCUGCCUGCAGUCAUACUGACUGUACCUGACAUGGUGUUUGCCAGGGAGCAAAAAGGAGGGUCUUCAAACAUGCCCUUCCUAGAUGAAAGCAUGGAGACUACAGAGUCCAGGACCAUCUGCCAGCGCAUCUAUCCACAGAAAACCAGUCUCAUAUGGACAGUGGUUUUCCGCUUCCAGCACAUCCUGGUAGGCUUCAUACUACCCGGCCUGGUCAUCCUCAUCUGCUAUUGCAUCAUCAUUGCCAAGCUGUCGCAAGGCGCCAAGAGUCAAGGGCAACAGGGGUCAAGGGCGCUGAAAAAGAAAGCGCUGAAGACCACGGUCAUCCUCAUCCUGUGUUUUUUCUCCUGCUGGCUGCCCUACUGUAUUGGCAUCUUUUUGGACACUCUCAUAAUGCUGAACGUGGUCCCUUCCUCUUGUGAAUUGCAACAAGCGGUGGAGAAGUGGAUUGCUAUCACUGAGGCGCUGGCCUAUUUUCACUGCUGCCUAAACCCCAUCCUGUAUGCCUUCCUGGGAGUUAAGUUUAAGAAAACAGCCAGGAGUGCACUGACAGCCAGCAGCAGAUCCAGUCAGAAAGUGACUCUUAUGACUAAAAAACGAGGGCCGAUCUCAUCCGUGUCAACUGAGUCUGAGUCAUCAAGUGUUUUGUCGAGUUAACAAACAACACAA